AUGGGCAUACCACACCUAACACGGCACUUGCUCCCUUACGCGAAAGAAGUACUAUUGGCAGGGGAGAAACAAAGAGAGGGAGAUGAUAGCAUCCAGUUGGUUGUCAUUGAUGGACCCAGCUUGGUAUACCAUGUUUUUCAUAGACUAUUGUCUAAUUCAAAUACAAAACUCGAAGUUCUGGACGCUCAGCCGACUUGUGAUGAAGUCAGUCUUGGGGUAAUGGUAUAUCUCCUGCAGCUAAAGCUCCUUGGUGUGAAAGUGACCAAGAUCUGCUUUGAUGGAGCUUUGCCUAUCGCGAAAAGAAAAAUAAGACUUUGCCGACUGGAAAAGUCUAGGAAGAAACUUGAACAGUUUCACUCGCAAAACCGCUUGGGUUUUGCAAAACCGGACGAUUCAAUCAGAAGCACUGUUGAUCCUACAAAGGUUCUACAGAGCCGAGCCAUACCUAUCAGAUACAAUGGCCUCCCCGAAAACCCGUUUAUGGUGUCUACUGUUUUUGAAGACCUUAGGAAGAGAUGGAACAAAGCAAAUAUUCUGAUGGCGGUGCAACACGCAUUUUACUUCAAUCACUGUGAGAUUGGAGAGCAAGACUUCCCUUGGGCAGCCAUCACUGUAAUGGUUCCGGGGGAGGCAGAUGCCGAGUGCGCUCGCAUGUCGAGGCUCACAGGUGCCGCUGUGCUGACCAAUGACUCAGACCUUCUUCUCCAUGAUCUUGGAUCUUAUGGUUCGGUAUUGUUUUUGGAUUCAGUCGAACUUAGUGAAUGGAAUCCAUCUAGGCCAUCAGAUUCUAAGGUCAAAGCCAGAAGACUUUGUCCCGCGUCGCUUUCCAGGCGAUUGGGAAUUAGAAGUGUCCGGUACUUUGCAUAUGAAUUGAAUCAGAAUCCACAGUUUGGUUUAUCAGAGCUCAUUAGGCGAUCGAGAGAAAACUGCGACUUUCUCGAUCUCGCACCUGACUAUCAACAUUUUCUUGAGGACUAUGACUACGAGCCAAACAGCCGGGCGAUCGCUCAGCACCCCCAGGACCUCGAUCCAAGAAUAUCAGAAAUACUCUUGCAGUAUGAUACGGGAAAUGCUCGUUUCACUGGGAGCUCUCCGCAUAUCUAUCUUGCUAUUCUCAGUGAAGAUCACUCCAGAAGGUGUGCAUGGGAAGAAGGUCGUUCGUACAGAGCUCUUGGCUACUCAGUCUUUAACUUGUGCCGUCCGUUCACAGAAAGAUACCACUUCGUGGAGGAAUAUGUUCGGAGAGGUGGGAGAAUAGCUAUAGACAGGAUAGCAAUGGGUAAUGAAGGUUGGAUAACAAGCGAGAUGCAUUCCUUUCAUACAAGCCUGAGCUCUGCCCAAGUUGCUUUUGGCAAAAAACUCUCGUCCUCGUGCUUCUGGAGACUUUUUGCGAUGUGUGAACUAUUUAAGGAUGAAACGAACCAUACUGCACCGGAUGUUAAUCGAUUGUGCAGGUUUCUUAGGUUCGGCUACAUGGGGGAAGCAGUCAGCUGGGCAGAUGUCCAUCUUUGUGCUCAGAUUCAUGCCGUGCUGUACUCAUUGAGGAUCUUGAAACAGCUCCUCGGCCUUGUGACAAUGACUGAAGAGCCUGUGUUGAGGUUGAAGUCUGAAAUUGCGGCUCUCCCACCGUUGCACGUUAUGAUGAGACCAAUACGCGAAAUGACAAGGGAAUAUCCCGAAGAUUCAUCUGUUGAGAAAGCUUUGCAACGCUUCUUUCUGCUUUCCGGCCAACAUGUGCAAACUGAUGAUGAAAUGCAGCCACCAUAUUUCAGCCCAGAGGGUUCGGCGCUACAGCAUCAGGGAAGCCCUAAAUCUAACUGUGUGAAGCAUGUUCAUAGAUCAAAGUCAAACCUAUAUGAGAUCCUCUCUCCAGAAUAA